UGCUUCUUUUACUCUCACUGUCACUUUUGCGCCCGUUUUUGCUGGCGUGCCUGUGUAUAUCUAGCACCAAGAAGCUACAAAAAGGCGUGCUCUGUGUCGCAAAGCUCUGCGCAUACUCUCUUGACCCUUUGACUACCUCCUCGAUAGGAUCCAGCUCACCUCACACCAUGCGCAACUUUGCGCCUUUUCAGCUCGUCGCUGUGGUCUUCGCUGCGCUUUGCGCCGCAACGCCUGAAGCAAGACCGGAUGCCGAAGCGGACGCCGCACCUCAGAUUACCAACAAUGCACCAUUCUCAGGAGCGGUCUACCUUGUCAAUCCCAAUGGCCAGCAAGUGACGGCACAAGGUACCAACUAUUGCCCUUCAUCUGCGUCACAGAGCUGCAGCUCCGUGAAUGCGCCCAGUUGGUGCUGCCCUGCCAAUUACGCAUGUGUCGUGCCUGCAAAUUCGAAUGGACUCCUCGGAUGCUGUCCAUCGGGGAGUACCUGCGGCGGUUAUGUGAAUGCUGCAGCCAUAUCGACAGUCACAGUACAAGCGCAACAAUACACCACAUACGUACAGCAGCCGACAUCCUUUGUGAUCUACAACGCGCCAACCACCGUUCAAGGCGGCUUCUGCGCGACUAUCACAAUGGAUGGGCCUGGUCUGCCAAGAGCAGCCGAAGGACAAUGCGGAACAAUCCUGCUCGUUGCCGAAGGGGUCUCUUUGAAGAUCAUCGGCGUGGGCGCCGGCGUUACAGCAGUGCUAUUGCACAUCGCACUGGGCCGUAUGUUUCGCUGAUAUGGAUGCUGGUAUCCCUUAUGACAUUACGAUUUAUGAGCACACGACGCUAUGCGAACAUAGACAAGCGAUUCAGUUCACCAGAUAAUAAUCUAGUUUCCCCUUUCAGCAUCCUUUUUGUCGUUCUUGGGCACGUUGAUCAUCUUCGGUACGGUAACGGCGUUGAGGUGAC